CUAAACUUGUCUGCAGUGGCGCCCCCUAGCAACGUGACGCUGCACUGCGGCAACCUGAGGAACAAAGUGGUGUGGAACUACGACUCCCUGCCUCCAGGACUCCAAUUCAGGGUGGAUGUCGGCCAGGUGUCGGACUCGAAUGGCGAUCAACGGCGCGACGAAGGACUUCACCCGUGGGUUUGGCGGCAAGCAUCGGCUAGGCGUCUGCUAUCAGGACGCAUUGCCCCACUGUGGGUGGACCCGCCCCACCUCCAAGCUGACGUGUCUUUUCUCUCGGACCCGGACAACGAUUACUCCCUAACCGUGACCGCCGUCCUCGGAGAGAACCAGUCCGAGCCCGCUCCAGCCGAUGGCAUUGACUUCAGCUACUACAGGAAUUCUCCAGCCAGCCAGAUCUGUUCUUUGGACCUGCCGCCUGUGACCGUGUUGGAACAGCAGGAUCACUCUGUCCUGCUCAGCUUCCAGCAUCCGUGGCUCUUAUACCACCAGAAACUUUCUUCCCAGUCCGGAAGCAGAAAGAAGAAGAGGCACGAGCAGCCCGACGACCUUCUGCCUGUCUUCAAAUACGAUGUCACCAUCAACCAGAAGCAGUUUGCCGAGCUGAGCUGCUCUGAGCGAGUGUGUGAGAAGAUGCUCCCGGUGGACCCCCAGCAGGAAAAGCAUUGUGUGACCAUCAGGGGCGUGCUGAACAAAAUGAAGGUUGACGGAACGCAGGACUACUGCGCACUGCCAAUGAAGGGAAACAGUUGAGUACAAAGUCCUUUCAUUCUAUUGUGUGCCAUCAAACACUUUGGACUAUGUCACAUGUUCCCCUUUUUCAAUGGCGGCAAUAAUGUCAAUACUUUUAGUUUUACUUUCUACUAGUGAUGGGUUGAUGAGGCCUCAUGAAGCGUUUCGACACAUUGCAAAACUGUAUUGAUACUGUGUCGAUACUGUGUCACUAAAUACUGACAUCUGCUGGACAUUAAAAAUCCCUACAGGCAACCUAUGGACCGACUCAACU